UUCUUCUCCACAAUACCAAUUGCCUUCUCUCUCUCUCUAAAAACUGCUCAAAUCCAGAGCUCGGAUUUCUACCAUUCCAACCUCCCAUGGCGUACUCGUUCCCGGAGGAAGUUCUGGAGCACGUCUUCUCCUUCCUGAGCUCCGACAGGGACCGGAACGCCGUCUCCUUGGUCUGCAAGUCGUGGUACGAUAUCGAGCGGUGGUGCCGCCGCCGCGUGUUCGUCGGGAACUGCUACGCGGUCUCGCCGGAGAUCGUGAUCCGGCGGUUCCCGGAGCUGAGGGCGGUGGAGAUGAAGGGGAAGCCGCAUUUCGCCGAUUUCAACCUCGUGCCGGAGGGAUGGGGCGCUUGCGCCUACCCGUGGAUCGCGGCCAUGGCGGAGGCCUAUCCGUUCCUGGAGGAGAUCAGGCUGAAGCGCAUGGUGGUGACGGACGAGAGCUUGGAGCUGAUCUCCAAGUCUUAUAAGAAUUUCAAAGUUCUGGUGCUGACGUCAUGCGAGGGUUUCACCACGGAUGGUCUCGCGUCGAUUGCGGCUAAUUGCAGGCAUUUGAGGGAACUAGAUUUGAGGGAGAGUGAAGUGGAGGACCUGAGUGGGCAUUGGCUUAGCCACUUUCCCGAUAGCUGCACUUCUUUGGUGUCGCUUAACAUGUCUUGUCUGGGUUCUGAGGUAAGUUUCUCCGCCUUGGAGCGACUGGUUGCACGUUCCCCUAACCUGAGGACUCUCCGGCUGAACCGUGCUGUGCCCCUUGAGAGGCUUGCUAACCUGAUUCGGCGUGCUCCCCAAUUGGUUGAAUUAGGUACCGGUGCCUAUUCAGCUGAAAUUCGAUCUGAUACAUUUUCAAAUCUGACUGAUGCAUUUUCAGCCUGUAAGCAACUUAAGGCUUUGUCUGGUUUUUGGGAUGUUGUUCCUUCUUAUCUUCCAGCCAUGUAUUCUGUCUGUUCUGGAAUCACUUCGCUGAAUUUAAGUUAUGCUGCCAUUCCGAGUUCUGAUCUUGUUAAGCUUAUUAGCCAAUGCCAGAAUUUGCAGCGUCUAUGGGUGUUGGACUACAUCGAAGACAGUGGAUUGGAGGCUCUUGCUGCAUCUUGCAAGGAUCUGCAAGAACUUAGGGUGUUCCCUUCUGAUCCUUUUGGAGCAGAACCAAAUGUGUCUUUGACGGAACAAGGGCUUGUGUCUGUCUCUGAAGGCUGCCCCAAGCUUGAAUCUGUUCUUUACUUUUGCCGCCAGAUGUCAAAUGCUGCACUGAUUGCUAUUGCAAAGAAUCGGCCUAAUUUUAUCCGGUUCCGCCUCUGUAUCAUUGAUCCUCAAGCACCUGACUACUUAACCCUCGAACCACUUGAUGCUGGUUUUGGAGCCAUUGUGGAGAACUGUAAAGAAUUGCGCCGGCUUUCCAUGACCGGCCUCCUCACUGACCGCGUGUUCAAAUACAUUGGAUCACACGCCAAGAAGCUGGAGAUGCUUUCAAUAGCCUUCGCAGGGGAUAGCGACUUGGGCCUCCAUCACGUGUUGUCUGGCUGCGACAGCCUCCGGAAACUAGAGAUCAGGGACUGCCCAUUUGGGGACAAGGCUCUCUUGGCCAAUGCUGCAAAGCUAGAGACAAUGCGAUCCCUUUGGAUGUCUUCUUGUUCUGUGAGUUUUGGAGCUUGUAAGCUGCUCGCACAGAAGAUGCCUAGGCUCAACGUUGAAGUCAUAGACGAGAGAGGCCCACCUGAUUCAAGGCCUGAAGACUGCUCCGUUGAGAGAGUCUAUGUCUAUCGCACUGUCGCUAGCAGGCGGAGGCUCGACAUGCCUGACUUUGUCUGGACUCUUGAUGAGGAUUCAUCCUUGAGGUAUUCCUAAUCUAACAAAAAUGCAGCGUCUCGAUUGAAAACGGUUCGUGUGAUUGCAGCAACGUACAUUGCCACUGAGACGACCUAGCUCGAAAAAAGCCAUCAUUUUUCACUUUGGCUGAGCUACUAUCUUGUUACAAAUAAAGAUGCAAUCUUCUAUGUUAGUUUAUUGGAUUAUGGAUGGAUUUUAUCAACUCAAUGUUUGUAUCUUACUAAUUCAUGUCUGCUUACAGAAAUGGACAUGAAAAUAAAAUAUGGUUUGAUAUGCGUGACCUUUGGGUGCAUGAAAGAUAAGGGGCAACAAAUAAUUGAGUUGAAUAAUAAUUUCUUUGCUGCUGUGA